AUGUCCCACCACCUCCUCUCAGACUUCGUCCCGCAACUAACCAACCUAACCGCCUACUCGCCCGCCACCACCCGCCCCCUCAACCUCGGUGGGCAAAACUUCACCCACUGCUGCCUGAAAGCCGUCAACGACUCCCUAACCAUCCUCAAUGACAACCUAUCCUUCACGCCCUCAUCCCAUUUUCUCCCCGACUUAACCAUCCCAGAACUCGUAGCCGCAGUUCAGAACGAUGAAUUCCCAUGCGGCGCCACUUGGACCGGCGACCCAGCAGGGGCACCGGUAGUCCAGGUCUCAUACGAAUGGUGCGUGUCCGAGUGCAGUGGCUGGGAGAUCUCGCAUUUGGGGAAGUUGAAUGAAUGGGUUGGUCCGCUGGUGCAGUUUAUACUGCCGAGCUUGGCGUUUUGUUUAAACAUUCCGAGGAGCCAGAAGUUGGCUAUACCAGAAAAAGUGUUCCAAGCGCACCCAAGGAAUGUAUUUGGGUUCGCGAGUUAUUGGAUACGGUUGCUGGGCGCGGUGCUGUUGAUGAUGGUCGAUACUAUGGUUUGGUUGUCGAUCUGUUUUGCCUUUGCAGGACCUAUGCUGUUGAGUGCGGUUUACGAAUUUGUGUUGGACAGAAAGGUUUUGGAGUUCCUCCGUCCACCGAAAAGUCAAAACGAACGACCCAAGAUCCCAGGCAGGGUGAAAGCCCAGUUGCUACUCGCUGUCGUCGUCGGGAAUCUUCGUAUCUCUACCGGCACUGCAGAGAGACGCAUCUCGACGUCGAACUCACGACGGCCCAGUCAUGCGAUAGAUCCAGAGAUGACCGGUACCAACACUAGAGAGGACCCGUUUGGAGAUACCUGGAAAAGGGUUAUGGUUAUAGUGGACGAAUAUGAGACCUCGAGAUUAAGUGGUGAUGCGGCGCCCAAGAAAGUCUCGUUGUCUACGAAGCUCAAAGCUCUUCUAAACUCACAAGCAAGUUUUGGAUCAACCGUUGGGGCUCCAAUACUGUUCUUCAUUGGAGGUUUCGUCUAUACCGUGCUAGACAUUCUGAACGAGCUCGGGGAUAAUGACAUGGCGCACGCAUUGGCAUUUGGCAUGUGGUGGAUGACCAUCCCCUACCUCGCUAUUAUUUCAUGCGCCAUGCUCGCGGCCAACAGCCCGAGCGCUCUCCAAGGAAUCGUAUACGACGGAGGCGCUAGUGCUGCCCGCGACCACGUCGAGCUCAGCUUCUGGGACCAGCUCAAGAUGAAGAUCAAGACCUACAAACCUAUGAAAAUUCUGCUCGAGAAUCUGGACGGCUACCAACUGAUUGAGGCGACAUCUGAAGGCCAAUUCAAGACCGUCACCCUCUGGAAUAGGGGUCCCAACAAACGCCGCUGGGUGCAAGAGGCCAUCAAGGAAUACUCCAGCGAGUAUAACGAAAACACUGCCAAAAACAAGGAAAAUUUGAUUACCCCGGAAAAGCUUCGAGAUGGCCUCAAAAUGGAUUUCGGCGACCUAUGGAAUAUUUUCUGGGGGACUUCAUACCUGCUCAUCACACCCUCCCUACUGGCGUUUCUCACCUCUUACAACACUCCCCGCAAAGGGCUAACUUGCAGAAGCAUGACGUACCUAGUUUACGGCAUCAGCCAGAUCUGCGAGAUGUUGCUCUGGGUUUGGGAGGCCUGGCUCAAAGUCCAGUAUGGCAUUAGAUGGUCGGGAACCAAAAUGCCGGCUAAGUCCAUCAUCUGGUGGGGACAGGUCUUCGUGGGCUUCUUUGGUGUCCUUGCUGCAGUUGGGGGCACUUUGAUGCAAACCUUAGGGGUAUAUCGCGCUUGUGCUUGUAGAAUCCCCGCCAAAUAUUGGGUACGCCCCAACGACCCGGAUGCAUAUAUGAUCCUCAGCAGCAACUUUGCCGACAGUAUCGUGGCUGCGGAGAGGUGGUGGGUGGUGACUGGGACUGUGGCGGUGGCACUCCUCGCAGUCGUCUGUGCGCUCGCCUGGUGGCACCAGCGGCGGCUGCGCAAGGUGUACAGGGAUGAAGCCGAUAGCUUGAACGAUGAUGCUGCUGCACUUGAAUCCAAAUCGCCUGAGACAGUGGCAGGAACUUCGAGUCAGGUGACGCCAGUCUCGCAGAGCACGCAGAUGGCUCACGUGUUGAACGAAUAG